GCUGACACUCCUUAAAAGAAAAAAACCGGAAACGCGGCGAUGAGACAGAAGUAGUUAGCAAACUAGUUAUCAACAACGAGUUCUUUGUAAAAGUUUUAUAUUCGUCGUUAUUAAGACUACGGUCCCACAAAAUCUUAAACAUGUCGGGAUCAUCCAGCAUCGUAGCGAUGAAGAAAGUCGUCCAACAGCUACGCCUCGAAGCUGGCUUAAACAGAGUUAAGGUGUCCCAGGCCGCGGCGGACUUGCAGAAGUUUUGCCUGCAGAACGCCCAGCAGGACCCUCUGCUCACCGGCGUGUCGUCCAGCACCAACCCGUUCAGACCGCAGAAAGUUUGUUCCUUCCUAUAGCACCGACAGUCCCAGUCUGUUCCUUUGUUUUGGACGUAAUGUUGUCCUGUAGAACCGGGCUGCAGGACCUGCGCUGUGGACUAAAAUCGUCUCAGGAGUGUUUCCAAACCUGGGGGGGCGGAGGACAAGCGACUGGCUUAACAGUUUUGUUUUUGUUUGUUUGUUUGUUUUUACUAUUGCCUUUGCAAAAUCUCAACAUGGAAACAUUUCCAGAUGCUCUCAUGUGGCACUGUUAAUGUCUUAGCCUUCUUGCUUAGAAGAAACUAACUCGUUUCAACACACACAUUUGUGCCUUUUUUGAACUGUACAUUUUUCAUGCCUGAUUUUGAGAAUGAAUAAAUGGUUAUUUCCACAUUUUAAA